AUGGCUCGUCAAUUCUUCGUCGGCGGCAACUUCAAAAUGUACAACGCCUUCACCUCCCUCCAGAUUCAGACAACUUCAACUAACCGCAUGACCCAGGAAUGGCACGAUCCAAUCCAUCAAGGAGAUCGUCCAACGCCUCAACGACGCAAAAGUAGACCCCAACACCGAAGUCGUCAUCUCCCCACCAGCCCUCUACCUGCUCCUCACCCGCGAGCAUCUCCGCUCUGGCAUUGAAGUCGCAGCCCAAAACGUCUUUGACAAGCCAAACGGCGCCUUCACCGGUGAGAUCUCGGUCGAACAGCUCAAAGAUUCCAACAUCACCUGGACCAUCCUCGGACAUAGUGAGCGAAGAGUCAUUAUACAGGAGACAGACCAGUUCAUCGCGAGCAAGACGAAGAAUGCCUUGGAUGGUGGUCUGGGUGUGAUUCUGUGCUGUGGUGAGACUUUGGAGCAGAGGGAAGCGAACAAGACGUUUGACGUUGUUCUUGCGCAGCUCAAAGCUGUUUCGGAUAAGGUCAAGGAUUGGAGCAAGGUCGUCGUGGCCUACGAGCCUGUGUGGGCUAUUGGAACGGGCAAGGUCGCUACAACUGAGCAGGCCCAGGAAGUACACGACAAGAUUCGUCAGUGGAUUGGGCAAGAACUGGGCAAGGAUGCCGCGGAGAAGACGAGAAUCAUUUAUGGCGGAUCCGUGAGUGAGAAGAACUGCAAAGACUUGGCCAAGGAGAAGGACAUCGACGGAUUCCUCGUGGGUGGUGCUUCGUUGAAGCCUGCCUUUGUGGACAUCAUCAACGCGAAGCAGUAG